AUGAAAUAGAUAACCUUUAUGGCUCUUAUAUUGAUCUAGGUCAAACUAAUUAAUGCUAUAUCCUCCACUGAUUUUGAUAACUACACACCAACUCUAUUAUGGGAUAUAGAAAAACAUAUUAUCAUAAAAUCUCUUGAUCUAACUAAGAAUGGAUCAAUGCAUGUUCUAGGAGAUUAAAAUGGACUUGGAUUCGAUGUAUAGAAUUUCUAUGUUCAGAUAGAUAAUGGUAAAAUAACGCGAUAAAUGAACAUAUAUCAAACUCAGUACUAUACAAAGAUUCAAGUAUUUCCAAACGAUGAUUAUCUUGUUAUUCAUAAUGAGGCAUUAGAAUCAGCUGAGCCUUCAUUCCUAAUUAUUGAUUUAAAUUUGUUCAUUCAGUAAUACUACAAAACGUAUCCUAAAAGCCAAAUAUGGACUUAAUAGCAUAUUGAAAUUAACUCAGAUGGAGGAUAAAUAUAUAGGCUCUUAAAUACAUAGGGAACAUAAAACGAAAAUGAACUUGGUGUGAUAAUGAGAUAUUCAAAAGAUGAGGAAGGAUUUUUUACUACAGACUACUAGUAUUUAUCACUAAUAUAAACACAAAAUAUAAUUCCUAUGUAUAAUGGAUUUCUAGUAUCUCCAUAGAUUGUCAUUCCAGUUUUUGUCAAUCGAAUUAACAUAGCAUUAAUGAGAUUUUCAUAUACAUCUGAAAUUUCAAAGUUUCAGUAUCUUGUUCAUCCAAAUUAAACCAAUCAAGAUAAUAACAUUAAAGCAUUUGGUUACAGUAUGCCUUACUAUGCAGUAGUUUUAAGAAUUUAGGAAUAUCUUAAUGUUUUCUUGUUUCAUAAAGAUGAAACUUAAGAAAUAAUUCAGAUAAAAAUUGACAUUCUUAAUCCAUAAAAGUAGUAAAUUGUUUUGGCAUCCUCUGCACAAGCAACUAGAAUGAUAUUCUCACAAGAUGCAAUAGAUCUAGCAUGCUAUUCAUACUAAUAAACUGCAGCUUUAAGAGUGAAGCUGAAUGUGAAAACCUAGAAAUAUACUACUUAAAGUUACAGAUUAAGAGCUACUACGAACAUCCCUCAAAUAUUAAAUUCAUUUGUGACUGCUAAGUAAUCAGGUAAAUUCUAUGUUUUUGGCUAUGCUAAAGGCUAUAUUGAUUGUGUUACUCAAACUAAAACAUCAUACAUAUAAUCUUUCAUAUUUGAACCUAACUCUGCAAAUAAAUGUAUUGCAUUUGAUGACUAAUAUACUUCAACUUUUAUUCAAACACCGAAUAAUCUCUAGAUACCAUUAGUAUUAAUAGGUGAAUCAAAACUAAAUUAGUUAAUCCCAGUGACUCAUGAGAUUAUAAAUGACUAUAGGAUAAGUUGGAACAUCGGAGACACUGAAAUCCUACCUGAAUAUUUCGUAAAAAAAGGAAUAAAUCAGCUAUAGGAAUUUUAUUUUGAAAAGAAUAGCCUAGAGAAAUCGGUAUCUGAAAAAUGUCCUAUGCAAUUUUUAUAUCUUAUAACUCCUAUAGUGCUUAAACAAAAAAUUAGAUUUAAGCUCGAAGAAUCUUAGCUCCAGUAUAAGACUUAUGAUAACUGCUUUCCAAAGUUUAUAGAAUACCCUCCCAAAAUUUAUGUAGGAUAUUCUAAAUAAACUUUAUAAGGAAACUACAAUGGAAAUAACUUGCAAGAUUUCUGUGUCUUACUUAAAGAAUGCUUUAUCAAAAUUAAAAAGAUAGAUAGUCAAGGUCUAACUUGGAUAUUUUUCUCAAAUGGAUUACUAGGGUAUCAGUAUCUUAACUAUACUGAAGUUGAGAAGUCGUUAAAGAUGUUGUGGGUGGAUUCUUCAAACGAUUAGAAUUAAGAGCUUUUCAGAACUUCUUAGUAGACCCUUUAUUUUGCUAUGAUGGAGACAUUUAAGAAAACUUUCAAAUUUUUUGGAAAUGCAAUUGAGGCUGGAAUCUACGUAAAUAUGCUACUAUAAGUAUUACUUGGAUUUACAAUGAAAAGAAUUUGGACUCUUGUUAAUACUUGA